AUGGGAGUCGGCUGCGGCGAGUGGCAGGGAGGUAUAGGCGUGGAUCAAGGAGGAAUGUGCGGCGGCGGAGAGACAGAGAGGGGUUGGAGGCACGGGGGGCAAGUGGAGAGCGGUGGAGGGGUGGAGAGUUGGGUGGUGAUGAGUGGUUGGGGACGUGGAGGAUGGAUGCGUUGCAACAGGCUGCACAUGGAGGGGGUGCGAGGAGAAGAGAGGGACGAGAGGGUGUGGAAGGGAGAGGGGUUGGGAGUGGUGGGGUCGGGGCUGCACAGGAGAAUGGCAAUGGAGAGGAAGCGGCAGCGGCGGGUGAUGGAGAGUGUGGCACGUGCCGUCAAGAGCAUGGCGGAGAAGGGCCAGCCGCACGUGCAUAGAGGUAGGUGA